AUGUCAAGAUGGCUCAAGCCCGCCAUUCGAAGGUUCUCAAGUUUGAGAACCCCUGAUUUACACGUUGACAAUAUAGUCAUUGGAGCUGGUGUUGUAGGACUUGCAAUUGGAGAGAAACUAACACGCUCAUUACCCAAAGAAUCGACGAUUGUGGUCGAAAAGAAUAAGCGAGUAGGUGAGGAGACAAGUGCUCGUAACAGUGAAGUCAUUCAUGCGGGUCUGUAUUACCCCGAGGACAGUCUAAAGACAAAACUCUGUAUCCAGGGUAACAAAAAACUUUACGAGCUUUUAUCUCGAACGAAUAUACCUCAUCAACGCAUUGGAAAAUGGAUCGUAGCGCAAGACAAAGAACAACACGAUUAUUUAAAUAAACUUUCGGAUAAAGCUACACGAUUGGGUAUCGAAACCUAUUUCCUCGACAAGAAUGAAUCAAAUCGACAAGAACCUCAUAUCAAUGCCUAUUCGACACUUGUUUCUCCCAGUACGGGUAUUAUUGAUUCUCAUAGUUUAAUGGACUACUUAGAACAAAGGACAGAUGUAGCUCUAUGCACCUCGGUCAGAUCGAUUGAGCCUUAUACAGGUGGUGGUUACCUUUUGGAGAUUGUCACUGGAUCUGAUGUUUCAACUGUGUUGGCGAGACGUGUAUUUAAUUCAGGUGGACUUCAUGCAGAUAAAGUGAGCAAUAUGUUGAUCCCUGAUGCUUAUAAAUUAUAUUAUGCCAGAGGUCAUUACUACGCAUAUAACACACCAUUGGAUGUACAUCAUCUCAUUUACCCAUGUCCUGAAAAGAACCUUGCUGGUCUCGGAACUCAUCUCACUUUGGAUUUAGCAGGACGUGCCAAAUUUGGUCCGGAUGUGCAGUACAUUGAUAACCCGUUCGAUUACAGUGUGCCUGAUGAUCAGAUGAAGAAGCAAGCGUUUGUCAAUGCCAUUCAUAGUUAUUUACCCAGUUUAAAUCAAGAUAAACUUCACGCUGAUUAUUCCGGUAUUAGGUAA